AUGAGUGGUGCGAGUGUCGCCUCUGUCCAUGUGUACGUCCCCGCUGGCAGCAACGCAGGACCUUCUGGUGGUAAAGAGCAGGAAAGCCAGGACGAUGGCAGCAGUGGACCCUUGGGAGGCAAUGCCGAGAGGGAAGCCCCCGGCCAAGAAGGCGACAACGGGAGCUCCACUUCUCCCCCUGGUGGUGAUGCCGGUUGUGAAGGCAGCAGUGGCUCCUCCCCUUCUAGCUUUGAAGACGGCAGUAGCUCCUGCCCUUCUAGCUGCGAAGGCGGCAGUAGCUCUGCCCCUUCUGGCUGCAAAGGCGGCAGUAGCUCCUCCCCUCCUGGCUGCAAAGGCGGCAGUAGCUCCUCCCCUCCUGGCUGCAAAGGCGGCAGUAGCUCCUCCCCUCCUGGCUGCAAAGGCGGCAGUAGCUCCUCCCCUUUGCGUUGA